AUGGUUGUCAAGUCUAUCGAGUCCUACGAGGAGUUCCAGAGCCUCAUCUCUGGCGACAAGGCCAUCGUCAUCGAUUUCUGGGCCACCUGGUGCGGUCCUUGCAAGGUCAUCGGCCCCAUCUUUGAGAAGAUCUCGGACACCCCCGCUGGUGAGAUGCUCGGCUUCUACAAGGUCGACGUCGACGUCCAAGAGAAGAUCGCUCAGGAGGUCGGUAUCCAGGCCAUGCCCACGUUCGUCUUCUUCAACAAGGGUCAGCCCGUCAAGAAAGUCGUCGGUGCCAACCCCCAGGCUCUCCAGGCUGGUAUCACCGAGGUCUCGAGCUCUCUUUAG